AUGAGCUCUGAAGAAAAUUUGAAUGAAGGAAACAUUGCUGAGCACCAAAGCAAGUACAUUCAGAAAGAAAAUUAUGUUACUGCUUUAUUAAGGUCAGAAGAGGAACUGGGCACAUCUGUCUAUAGGGACGAAGUCUCUCAACUCCUGGACAAAAUAACUUUUUUAGAAAAUGCUCAGAAACCUGCUGGAUCCUUGAGCAGUAAUAUUCAACCUAGAAGUUCAAACUCAAUCAUUUCUCAAAUUGUUUUUGUACCUCUGGAGGAGAGAAAGUGUCGGAAUCAGUUUGAUGAAGGUAGAUGGACAAAAUUCUGUGAAGAUAUCAUGCAAAGGACUGGAGCCAAUCUACAACAAUUAACGUUGGUCAAAGACCAAGGCCUCUACAUUGGAGUCUCUGGUAAACCAGAAACUGUUAGAGAAGCUCAGAUGAUUCUUUCCCAGUUUCAGGAAGAAGUUUCGACUACAGAUUCCAUUCCCAGAGGCAAGACAAGGGAAAAACUGGAAGCCUUGGAACAAAGUGCUACCAACAUGCAAAUGCUACGUACUGAUAACCAGCAAAACUGGAUCACCAAAGCUGGCACCAAAGGAAGUACAAAGGAAGAGGCACAGGAUGUUUUUCUUAUGUCUACUGAACAAGACAAGUGUGCUGUAGAGAGGCUAUAUAUGGAAAAGUUGUGUCAUCCCUUUGUUUCAUGGUCAUACAGUAGGACUGUUGACAAAACCAUGCAGGAAGAAGAGGCAUAUAUACAUAUUGCACCACCUAGUGCCAACCACACAGAGGUAGUGUUUACUGGAAAGAAGCAAAAGCUGUAUCAGUCUGUGGUUCCUGUAAAGGAGUUUUUUGAGGAAAAAGCCACGGGUUACACUAUUUCCUCAAUUUCUGCACCUUCCUGGAUUCAUAGAUUUAUUGUUGGUAAAAACGGUCAAAAUAUAUCGAGAAUAACUCAAAACACACCAAGGGUUUUUGUAGAGUUUACUACAGAUGAUACGAUUAUCAUAAAGGGACCUAGAGGAGAUGUGAAUUACAUUCGAGAACAACUUGAGGUCAUCGUCAAAGAUCUGACUGACAGGAUGAAUUAUGAAGAGAUCAGUAUUGACUAUAAGUUUCACAGAUAUCUGAUAGGGAAGAAUGGUGUCAUCAUAAACCAAAUUAAAGAGAAAAAUAAAGUUUCUGUGCUAAUCCUUCCUGAAAUUGAAAAGAAUAACUUGAUCAGAAUUGAAGGAGAAUCUCAUUGCGUCCAACAGGCUAAGAGAGAACUUAUGGAACUGGCUGCUUAUGUGGAAAAUGAGCAGAGCAAAGACUUAAUUAUUGAGCAAAGAUUUCAUCACACAAUCAUUGGCAAGAAAGGUCAACGGAUUCGUGAUAUCCGUAAGAAAUUCCCAGAAGUUACGAUUAAUUUUCCUGAUCGAGCACAAAAGAGUGACAUUGUCCAACUCAGAGGGCCCAAAUAUGAAUUAGAGGAAUGCACAAAAUAUUUUGAUAACAUGGUGACAGACCUUACAGAAAAUAGCUAUUCCAUAACUAUUCCCGUAUUCAAAAGGCUUCACAAGGAUAUCAUUGGAAAAGGAGGUGUCAAAAUCAACCGUAUCCGUGCAGCAACCAACACCAAAAUUCAUCUUCCAUCAGCAAGUAGCAACUCAGAGAAUAUUGUUAUCAGUGGAAAACGGGAGAACUGUGAAGUAGCUUAUAACUGGAUUCUUUCCAUGCAGAAUGAUAUGAACACUAUGUCAGAGGUGAAAUUCUCUAUUCCUUCCAGGCUCCAUAAAGUCCUUGUAGAUCCCAAUGACUGUUUGAUUGAUUCAAUCAUGGAAGAAUGUGGAGGGAUCUCCAUUCACUUCACAAGACACAGCUCACAUCUUCCACAAGUCAUUAUUAGGGGACCUGCCCAAAUUAUUGAGAAGGCUAAGAAUAAGCUGCUGCAACUAGCAGAAGAAAAAAAAUGCAAGAGUUAUAGUGUGGGCCUCCAUGUCAAACCACAGUAUCACAAAUUCCUCAUGAGUAAAAAUGGUGGCAAUGUUCCCAAAAUCUCUCAUGACACUGGAGCAUGUGUUAUUUUCCCUAUCAAUGAAGAUAAGGAUCCAGAACUGGUAACUAUUACUGGGACACAGGAGGCUGUUAAAGAUGCACAAAAGGAGCUAGAGGUUCUAAUUAAGAACCUAGACAAUCUUGUGGAGGACCACAUCCUGGUAAAUCCCAAGUACCACCGUCACUUUACCAUGAGAAGGGGCCAGGUUUUACGAGAGAUGAGUGAGGAGUAUGGUGGUGUGAUUAUUAAUUUUCCAUAUUCAGAAAAAAAGAACAGUGUCACAAUCAAAGGAGCAAAACUCUGUGUGGAGGCAGCCAAGAAAAGAAUCCAGGAAAUUAUUGGCAAUUUGCAUACCCAAGUCACAACAGAAUAUGUUAUUCCCCAAAAGUUCCAUCAUUUUGUCAUGGGACAAAUGUAUUCCCGAGUCCGACAAAUCAGUAGCGAUUAUAAUGUUGAAAUCAAAUUCCCAGACAGAGAGGAAAAGCCAGUCAGUAAUAUAGAGCCAGCUGCUUGGGAAGAUGAAGAAGACAUUGGGAAUUGGAACUCUAAAGAGGCUGAUUCUAUUUCUCCACAUAAAUGUGACACUAUAUAUAUUGUAGGUAGAAAGGAAAAGUGUGAAGCAGCCAUGGAAGCCCUUGUGGCUUUAAUUCCUGUAACUGCUGAAGUAGAUGUGCCCUUUGACCUUCACCACUACAUCAUUGGCCAGAAAGGAAGAGAGAUACAUAAGAUUAUGGAUGAGUUUGAAGUUAAUAUACAAGUCUCAGCAGCCGGAUUGCAAUCUAAUAAUGUUUGUAUCACUGGUCUUGCGGCAAAUGUUGAACAAGCCAAGGCUAGGUUACUAGAAAGAGUUGUGGCUUUACAAGCUGAAAUAGAAGAUCAAGCAUUAAGAAAUUUUAAACUGAGCUUCACAGUAGACCCCAAAUAGCACCCCAAGAUCAUUGGUCAACAGGGGUUAGUUAUUGCACAGAUUUGUUUGGAACAUGAAGUUAGCGUCCAUUUUCCAAGGAAAGAGAGUAAUGAUACACAGGACCAAAUCAUUAUCACUGGAUAUAAACACAAUAUCAUUGCUGCCCGUGAUGCAAUAAUGAAGUUGGUGCAUAAAUUUGAAAGAACAGUUAGUGAGGAAAUCUCACUAAACCACUGUGUUCAUGGCCAUAUUAUUGGCUUCCACGGGAAGGCCAUUAAUAAAAUCAUGAAUCAAUUCCAAGUAGAUAUCCAUUUCCCUCCAGUAUGGGCCAAAGAUCCAAACUUGGUCAUUGUGACUGGACUUCCUGAUAAAGUCACAAAAGCAAUUGAUCACAUCCUCACUCUUGAGGAACAUUAUUUGGCUGUUGUCAGAAAGCACGAGUCUCGGCAAAAGCAAAUGAAAGGGAUCUCUCCAUGUGAAGUAUCUAACGCUUCAUCCAACAGUUCUGCAAUAAAAGAUGCUCCCUGUACUGCAAGUGCAAGUCCAAAAACCUGUAGCAUAAACAGCUGUGAAGAGUUUGCCAGUUUCCAGCAUGAGGUGGCUCCUGAGUCUCCCUUGGAAAUGCAAACAACGAUUAAAAAAAGAAGAAGAAGAAAGAAAAGAAAAAACCGGAAAUCUGUCCAGACAGUUGACCUGAAAAUGCCGUAA